AUGUCACUGACUCGUAAACCCCCUCCUGAUAUCAGAAUUAAAGGAGAGAAUUGCCCUGGUGCUGUGGAAUGGUACCAAUCAAAGGAUCAAAGACACGAUUUUGACCUGAGGUUGAAGGCGAAGAAACACCUCGUUUCGUUGGGUUGGACCCUUUCUUAUUGCGACAAGAAAACUCGCUGGGAACUUCGUUACAAAUCCCCUUCUGGUAAGACCUAUAUUUCUCUCAGAACUGCAUGCAAAGCCUGCAUUGAAGAGAAAAAGAAAGAUUCUUCAUCUAGUUCCAAUUCAUUGCAAGGAUCACCAUCUUCUGCUGAACAACCAACGAGUUCCAAGGUAACCGGUGGUAGGCCUCGGAGACGCAAGAAACCGAGUGACGAUGAAGAUUGGACUCUUCCGGAGACGCAAGUAUCCAAUUUAGUAAGUCCUCGUUCUGGUGAAAGUCCUAAUGCUGCAAGAAAAGUAAGGAGACGGAGUUCUUCUGAUAAUCGGAAUCCAAGAACGAUUCUUUCUUGGCUGAUGGACAACAAUGUGGUGGCGCAGGAGGCGUGGGUUUUCUGCCGUGGAGAAUUGGUGAAGAGAGGGAAGCUGUUUCGUUCUGGUAUUUUCUGCCAUUGUUGUGAUUCUUUAUACACACUCUCUCAAUUCCAGGCUCAUGCCGGUUGCAAAGGUCAACCUCCCUCUGCUAGUAUCUUCUUGGAACAAGAUAAAAGGUCUUUGUUGGAUUGCCAAAAACAAGCAUUGAUGAUGAUCAAGGCUAACAACAAUGGGGAUAAUGAUCAUCAUCAUGAAAAUGAUUCCAUUUGUUCAAUUUGUCUCCAGGGGGGUUUCAUUCUUCUCUGUGAUCACUGUCCGGCGUCAUUCCACGCCGAAUGUAUUGGCCUUGAUCAUGUUCCCCCUGGUGAUUGGUUCUGCCCUUCAUGCUCUUGCAGAAUUUGCAACCGUCCCAAAUGCAUAGAAGAUUCUUGUAGAGAGGAAAGUCAUUCGGCUAACAAUUUUAUAGCUUGUUAUCAGUGUCAACGCAGAUUCCACAUUGGAUGUUUAGCUUCUAGAGGCUUUGCUUUUCUGAACAUGGAAACCGAUUGGUUUUGCAAUGAAGAUUGUCACAAGAUAUUUUUGACACUGAAUAACAUGUUGGGAAAACCAAUUCCUGUGGGUGAUGGUAAUCUAACUUGGACAUUGUUGACGAGCCUCAAGAAAAGCACUAAUGACAAUGAUGACGAUGGAACCAUUACUGAAAUGGAGAGCAAGCUAAAUGUCGCACUUGGAAUAAUUCAUGAGUGUUUUGAGCCCAUCAUAGAUCCUGUAUUUGGAAGAGACUUUGCUGCAGAUAUUAUGUUCAGCAGAUAUUCAUUGCUGCCACGUAUGAACUUUACAGGGUUCUACACUGUGAUUCUAGAGAGGAAUGAUGAGGUGAUCUCUGUUGCAAACACAAGGAUUUAUGGCCAAAAGCUUGCAGAAGUGCCGCUUGUCGCGACCAGGGACCAGUAUCGAAACCGGGGAAUGUGUCGAAUUCUGAUGGAUCAGCUUGAGAAGCUGUUGGUUAAGUUGGGUGUUGAGAGGUUGCUAUUGCCUGCUGCUCCUUAUUUAGUAGAAACUUGGACAAACUCAUUUGGAUUUGCAAAAAUGACACACUCAGAUCAGUAUUACUGUGUAGGCUAUCCUCUUGCAAAUUUUCAAGACACAACAUUGUGCCACAAAUCAUUGAAGCAACCUUUGAUGCUGUAUUGA